AUGGCGGAUGUGGCCAACAGCGAGCCCCCUGCCUCCCCGCUGGAGCUGUUCAACAGCAUAACUGCUCAGGGGGAGCUUGUGAGGGCCCUCAAAGCCGGAGAGGCCUCCGAGGAUGAGAUUGACACUGCGGUAAAGAUGCUGUUGUCAUUGAAAAUGAGCUACAAAGCGACGGUGGGAGAGGAUUACAAGGCCGAUUGCCCUCCCAGAAACCCGGCCCCCGGACCCGAGGAGGACUUUGUGGACCCGUGGACGGUGCAGACGAGCAGUGCGAAGGGCAUUGACUACGACAAGCUCAUUGUGCGGUUUGGAAGCAGCAAAAUUGACAAAGAGCUAAUCAACCGGAUAGAGCGUGCCACCGGCCAGAAGCCGCACCGCUUCCUGCGUAGGGGCAUCUUCUUCUCGCACAGAGAUAUGAAUCAAGUUCUUGACGCCUAUGAAAAUAAGAAGCCCUUUUAUCUGUACACGGGCAGGGGCCCCUCUUCCGAAGCCAUGCAUCUCGGUCAUCUCAUCCCAUUUAUUUUCACAAAGUGGCUGCAGGAUGUGUUCAACGUGCCCUUGGUCAUCCAGAUGACGGAUGACGAGAAGUACCUGUGGAAGGACCUGACCCUGGACCAGGCCUAUGGCUAUGCUGUGGAGAAUGCCAAGGACAUCAUCGCCUGCGGCUUUGACAUCAAUAAGACCUUCAUAUUCUCGGACCUUGACUACAUGGGGAUGAGCCCAGGCUUCUACAGGAAUGUGGUUAAGAUUCAGAAGCAUGUGACCUUCAACCAGGCAAAAGGCAUCUUCGGCUUCACUGACAGCGACUGUGUUGGGAAGAUCAGCUUCCCCGCGAUCCAGGCCGCCCCCUCCUUCAGUAGCUCCUUCCCACAGAUCUUCAGGGACCGGACGGACAUCCAGUGCCUCAUCCCCUGUGCCAUUGACCAGGAUCCUUACUUCAGGAUGACGAGAGACGUGGCCCCCAGGAUUGGCUACCCGAAGCCCGCCCUGCUGCACUCCACCUUCUUCCCCGCCCUGCAGGGGGCCCAGACCAAAAUGAGUGCCAGUGACCCCAACUCCUCCAUCUUCCUCACAGACUCAGCCAAGCAGAUCAAGACCAAGGUCAACAAACAUGCGUUUUCUGGAGGGAAGGACACUGUGGAGGAGCACAGGCAGUUUGGGGGCAACUGUGACGUGGACGUGUCCUUCAUGUACCUGACCUUCUUCCUUGAAGAUGACGACAGGCUUGAGCAGAUCAAGCAGCUUGGUGCCCAUCGCUGGAGCUACGUGGUGCAGGGGGAAGCUGGGGUCUUGGAAGCAGACACCAAUCCCUUCCUCACCCCUGCCUUGUGGUGUGACCCCUGCUGGAGCCAGCACCCUCAUCAGAGGUCGGCCCACGCCGUGAGGGCUGUCGGAUGCCCGGCUCAGUAG